AUGCCACUGCCAAAUAUUUCCGAGCAUAUUGUGGUGGAUACUAGCGAUGAAGACUCCCUCUGCGAUGCUCAAUCAAUUAUUGACUCGAACCUAACCCUGUCGUCGUCGGUCCGAGACUACACCUAUGAAAAUGGCCGCCGAUAUCACGCCUACCGGCAGGGUCAGUAUCCCAUCCCCAACGACGAAGAAGAGCAAGAACGCCUCACGUUCAUGCAUCACCUAUUCAAACUCAUUACCGGAGGCGAUCUCUUCCGCGCUCCCAUCCUCCAAUCCCAACUCCCUAGGCGCAUUCUCGACAUCGGUACCGGCACCGGGAUCUGGGCACUGGAUAUGGCCGAAGACUUCCCCGACACAGAGAUCGUAGGCACAGACCUCAGUCCCAUCCAGCCGAACUGGGCGCCACCUAACUGCACUUUCCACAUCGACGACGCCGAAAGCGACUGGACGUUCACUCAGGACGAGGCCUUUGACUACAUCCAUGGCCGCGUCCUAGCCGGCGGCAUCGGUGACUGGCCGCGGUUCCUACGUCAGGCGUACAACCACCUCAAGCCUGGCGGGUGGUUCGAAGUCCAAGAGUACGAGGCCUGGAUACAUUCCGAUGACGGGACCGACAAGGACGCCGUCAUGCUACAGGACUGGCAGGAAAAAUUGGACCUUGCCAGUCGUCGAUUCGGCAAGCGUUUGCAUGUCGCUCCUUUAAUACAAGGGUGGAUGCAGGACGCACGGUUUAUAAAUGUCACCGACGAUACUUACAAGUGUCCUAUAGGUCCCUGGCCUAAAAAUCCCCGACUCAAAGAGAUCGGACGAGUAGGUAGAGUGACGCUCUUCGAGGCCGUCGAACCCUACACAUUGGCCUUGUUCACUCGCGUUCUGGGAUACUCUUCCGAGGAGGCCAAGGGCUAUGUUGAUAAAGUCCGGGCGGAGCUGCUGAAGGCCUCCUAUCAUAUCUAUAUCCUGUUCCAUUAUGUAUAUGGACAACGGCCGGUGGACGGGUAG